GCCGCGUGCACCCGGGACUGGAACGCGGCGCUGCCCGCCCGACUCGCGGGCACUGGUGCGCAAGCGCGAGGGGCCGCCUUCGCAGCUGGUAUUUCUUUGCGGCUUGUUGGGAACACCCGUUUGACUCUUUUCCCUGCCGCAACCGCCUCACCGGCGUCGGGGGCGAGACGGGGCGCAAUGUCUGAACAAGAACGAAUACAGGAAUGCCUGAGGAAGGAAAUAAGGUCACUUCUCAUUUCCUCCAAAGAUGGUUUGACCCCACAGCAGUUGGCAAAGGAAUACCUUUUAAUGAUUGGGAACCAUCUACCGCUACGAAUCCUUGGGUACCGAUCCACCAUGGAGCUGGUGUUGGACAUGCCUGAUGUUGUUAGUGUCUGCCCGUGUGGGGAUGGUACUGUUACACUGAAAGCCAUUCCAGAUGAAUCCACCAAAGGAAUAGCAAGUUUAGUUGCAAAACAAAGGAGCAGCCAUAAGAUUCGAAACUCCAUGCAGAAGGGAAGGGGCAGUCUUUGCUGUGGGCCCAACUCUCAGCAGCGAGUACCUUACAGAGGAAGGGUGCCCCCUAUUCUUCCAGCUUUUGUGAAGAGUGAGUUGAAAGACCUCUUGGCGUUAUCUCCUGUUCUCCUCUCUGAUUUUGAAAAGGCUUUUGCCAAGCGAUUUGGACGAUCAUUUCAGUAUGUGCAAUAUGGAUUCCUCUCUAUGUUUGAAGUACUGAGUGCAGCUUCAGAUGUCAUUUCUGUAGAGCAGACCAGAGCAGGUUCUUUGUUGAUGCUAAAGAAGAGCAUAUCAGAGGAAAAGCAGAGAGGAUGGCCAGCCGGUAAAAAUUUUGUCCAUCCAUUCAGAAUGAAACAAGGGUCAUACUCUACAGGCUCCCCAGUAGCAAAGGCACACUUUUCAGAACUCUCUUCAAACAUGGAACCACCUAAGCAAAUGUUGAACGUGGAAAAGACUUCCAAAUCAAAUGUAAUUGAGACUUCAAGGCUGAAUCACUCUGAAAAAUUAAACCAGCUAGAGAACACAUUCAAAUCAGUUAUUGCCCAAAUUGGACCUGGAGGGACUAUCAAUCCAGAGAUAAAACAGAAGAUAAAAUUUGUUGUAUCCAGGUUUCCAGAAGGUUUACUUAUAUCUAAACUGCUUGGAGAGUUUGAGGCAAUUUUUAAAGAGCAACUUUCACCAAAAGAAAUGGGCUUCUUAAAUGUGACAGAACUUGUUGGAGCCCUUAGUGACAUUCUCUAUGUUGAGUUCAAGGAAGGAGAACAAGACUUAAUAGUGUUUGAUGCUGAUAUGAAGCCUCUCCCACCUGAUGGAGCUGUUUCAUCAGUCCAGAAUUCCUGUAUAGUUCAACCAGAUAAGAAAAUAGAAGCCAAAGCUUGUGUCUCCAGUCCCCCUAGAAAUUCACGGUGUACUGCUGCUUUCAAGACUACGUGGGAUAGUCCUUUGAAAAAUCGUAAAGAGCCAGAACAGAAGGUUUUCAAGAAGCCUAAUCUGGUGGUAAAGCCUUUACAGCUGCAAGUAGGAAUAAAUAAAUCACAGCUCAACCUGGCAAUGGAAAAUCAUGAUAUCCCACCAGAUGCUGUACAGGACAAGAAAUUAUGCAGACUUCCACCAUUAGAUACCAGUACCCUUGUGGGGGUCUUUGUGGAGUAUAUUAUCUCUCCGAGUCAAUUCUACAUCCGAGUCUAUAGCAGGGAUUCGUCAGAGUUACUCGAAGACAUGAUGAUUGAAAUGCGACGCUGUUAUUCAAAUCAGCUGGUUUCAGAGCGCUAUAUCAUGCCAGAAUAUUUUAUCCAGCCAGGACAUCUCUGUUGUGUAAGGAUUUCUGAAGAUAAGUGGUGGUAUCGAGUCAUUAUUCAUCGAGUCCUUGGGAAACAGGAAGUUGAGGUGUUCUACCCAGACUUUGGAAAUAUUGGAACUGUUCAGAAGUCCUCCCUCAGGUUCCUCAAGUGCUGCUACACAAAGCUCCCAGCUCAGGCUAUCCCUUGUUCUUUGGCUUGGGUGAGACCAGUGGAGGAACACUGGACAUCCAGAGCUAUUUUGCAGUUCCAGAAGUUGUGUGGUCUGAAGCCAUUAGUGGGGGUAGUGGAUGAAUAUGUAGAUGGAAUCCUUAACAUUUUUCUGUGUGAUACAUCCUCAAAUGAAGACAUCUAUUUCCAUCAUGUCUUGAGAACAGAGGGUCACGCGAUUGUAUGCCGAGAAAAUGUUCCUUCUAAGGGUUUCAGAGACCUCAACCCAUUAGCUCUAUACACUAAGUCCAGUGCAGAGCCAGAAGACAGUGUCUUGACAGAACUGAAUUACCCUUCGCAGAAGCACUAUUUUAACGAAGACCGAGAAAUAAGUUCACAAUUAAUAGAGAGUGAAUCACAUAUGCUACAACAUAUUAAUGAAGAAAAGACCCUAAGUCACCUUAAAUCUGAGUCAAAGAAGCUAAUAAAGGAUUCUGUAUUCACUUCCUUGAAAACCCAAGAAAAGACCUGUGACGAAGCUCCAACGUGGUCCAACCCAGAACCAGAGGAUCUGAAGGAAGAAAAUGAGGAUGAGAUCCCCAUUGGAAUGCCAUGCCUGGAAUCGGUGACCAUAGGUGAUGACAUCUGGGAUGAGAAUUGGUUACCUCCACGGGCUAAAAUGGGAAAAGGUGGAGAUUCUGCCUGUUUAUUUACCUCCAGCUCUGGUGGAAAGAAACAGUAUCCAUCAUGUAAAGAAAUGCCACAGAAGAAUUGGUGUUUUUCUACACCCAAAGAUACAUGGGAUGAUUCAUGGAAGCCUUCAGGCUUUGUGAAUGGAAUGAAAGUAGAAGUUCAAAAACCAGAAGGAGUGUGUGCUCAGGAAAAAAAUAAUGGCACGACCAAGAUUCAAAAGCCAGAAAACUUAAAGGUUCCUUUGGAUUCUUCCACCCUGCCCAAAUCAUUGGAAGAGUUCUACAUCUCUCUGAUCCAGUCACAGCAGGCAACAGAACAGAGCCAGUUUGAGCCUAACAGCAUUCAGGCUCAGUCAAAGCAAAUACAGCUAUCCGCAGCAACAGUCAGUUCAACUCCUUCAGUGGUGGAUUCCCCAGAAAAACAUUUUGGUUCAGUGGAAAGCUCUCCAGGAAGCCUUAAGAAGGAAGAUUUUUCUAGUAGCGAGGCUAUUACAGUGUUCAAAGACAAGCAUCAAGGAACCAUGGACCAGAUCUCAUUGAUUUUGUCUCCUGAACACCAGAUUUCUCAGAAAUUCUACAUUCUUCGAAGUACAGCCACUGCUGCCUUAGGAGCUGCCGCACGGUUAGCCACAUCCCGGAGUUUCCUACAUUGGUACCCCAGUAUGAAAAGGAUGGAAGUAUGAGGGAAGGGAGGGGUAAAAAGAAACCAGCUGGUUCAGCAUGGUGAUUUCCUUGGCCAAAAUAAGGAGCAUUGAGGCAAAAUAGUAUUUCAGUACUUGAUGUUUUUGUCUUCCUGUGUGAUAUGUUAGCUUUAUUAUGCUAACAGUCCUGUUUGAUUUGUAAGUAUAGAAGUUUAAUGUUACUUUUAAUUUAAUUGACAGUGUUUCUUAUUUUGUAUAGUUCUGUUCAACUUUGUUUUUAAUGUAGUGGUUUAAAGGAGUUUUGUUUUUGU